ACUCCAGGACGCUUCCUCCAUCAGCCAGAUCCUGUGAGACCGCGAAGGUAGCAGUCUUCUGGUGGGCGCGGGAAACAAAAUACCCGACGGCGGACACGGCUCUGCUUUACUCACCUAUUGCCUGUCUGGUUGUGAGUGAACAUCUAAAGGAAGACAGUUGUCACCUGAGCUAUUGAUAAUGCAGUCAUCGGAGUUAAUGACCUUCAAAGAUAUAGCUGUAGCCUUCACCCAGGAAGAGUGGGCAUUGCUAGACUCUUCCCAGAGAAAGCUGUUCAGAGAAGUGAUGCUAGAGAAUAUCAACCAUCUGGUCUCAGUCGGAAUUCAGGUCUGCAAAUCAGAUGUGCUUUCUCAGUUGGCACAAAGAAAAGAAGUAUGGAGAGAAGGAAUAGGAUUUAUCCAAAAACAUAGUCCAGGCAGGAAAAGUCCCUGUAAAAAGCAAGAAAUGAAUGUCAUGCAUCUUACCUGCAGGAAAGACAAUUCUAACAUGUCAUUGCAGGUAUCAGACACUCAAAAGGAUCUCUUUCAAUGUAAUUAUUUGCUAGAAGAUUCCACUCUCAGAUCCACAGUGACUAAACACUCAUUAAUUCCCAUGGGAAAGAAACCAUUUUCAAGGAAACCACUUGGAAAAGUCCUUAGUGACCAUUCAUCUUUUAAUCAACACAAGCAGAUUCAUAGUACAAGUAAAUCAUAUGAAUGCCAUCAAAGUGCUAAAGCCUUUAUUGAAAGCUCUGGCCACAGGCAAUACAGUGGAACUCAAGUUGGAGAUAAGCCAUAUGAAUGCCUUCUAUGUAGGAAAACUUUUCCCCUUAGACAACAUGAGAAAAUUCAGACUGGAGGGAAGCUCUGUGAAUGCCCUCUAUGUGGAAAAGCCUCCAGUCAGUCUUCUAAUCUUCAAGAAUAUGAGAGAACUCACACUAGAGAGAAAACCCACAAAUGCCUUCUAUGUGGAAAAGCCUUCAGUAAAUCUUGUAAUCUUAGACAACAUGAGAAAACACACAGUGUAGAGAAACGCUAUGAAUGCCAUACAUGUGGGAAAGCCUUUCAUUAUAAAUCUGUCCUCACAGAACAUGAAAGUAUUCACACUGGAGAGAAACCCCAUGAAUGUCAUCUAUGUGGAAAAGCCUUCACACAGUUAUCUGGUCUUAGACACCAUCAGAGAAUACACAGUGGCGAGAAACCCUAUGCAUGUCAUAUAUGUGGGAAAGCCUUCCGUCAUUGUUUUAUCCUCAGACUACAUGCAAGAACACACACUGGAGAGAAACCCUAUGAAUGCAAUACCUGUGGGAAAGUUUUCAGGUAUUCUCAUUCCCUCAUGCUACAUGAAAGAAGUCACACUGGAGAGAAACCCUAUGAAUGCCUUACAUGUGGAAAAGCCUUCCCUCAUAGUUCUACCCUUAGACAACAUGAGAGAAAUCACACUGGAGAGAAACCGUAUGAAUGCUGUACAUGUGGAAAAGCUUUCAAAUGUUCUUCUGUCCUCCGAAUACAUGAGAGGACUCACACUGGAGAGAAACCCUAUGAAUGCUGUACAUGUGGAAAAGCUUUCAGCUGUUCUUCUUCCCUCCGAGUACAUAAGAGAACUCACACUGGAGAGAAACCCUAUGAAUGCCAUAUAUGUGGGAAAGCUUUCAACUGUUCUUCUUCCGUCCGAGUGCAUGAGAGAACUCACACUGGAGAGAAACCCUAUAAAUGCCAUACAUGUGGAAAAGCUUUCACAUGUUUUUCUGCUCGCAGACUACAUGAGAGAUCUCACACUGGAGAGAAACCCUAUGAAUGCCAUCUAUGUGGGAAAACCUUCAGGCAAUCCAGUACUCUUAGAGAACAUGAGAAAACACAGUGUGGCGGGAAACCCUAUGCAUGCCAUACCUGUGGUAAGGCAUUCCAGUAUACUUCUUCCCUCAGAAAACAUGAGAGAUCUCAUACUUAAGAGUGUCCCCAUGAAUGUCAUCUGUGGGAAAAGCUUCCGGCAACCUUCUUGUGUUGGAGUGCAUGAGAGAACACAGAGUGACAAGAAACCCUAUGUGUGCCAUACAUGUUAGAAAGCCUUUAGUCAUUAUUCUCAACUUAGGUGACAUCAGAGAGUGCACACCAGAUAGAAACCCUUCAAAUGCCAUAUGUAUGGAAAAGCCUUCAUUUAUUCUUGAGACCACAUGGGAGAACUCACAGUGUCAUGAAACCCAUGAAUGUCAUCUAUGUGGAAAAUCUUUUCUUGUAGUUCUUCCAUUGGCAAACAUGAAAGAAUGCACAGUGGACAAAAGCCAUAAGAAUGCCAUCUUAAUUUUUCUCUUAUGCCACAUGAAGCAAUCAAAUUUUAGAGAAAUCUUGUGAAUGUCAUCAAUGUGGGAAAUCCUUCAAUGUUUUCACCUAAUAGAAAUGAGAGUUCUCACAUGCUUUGAAUAUGCAAGAGAUUGGAGUCAUAGCUUCAGACUUUAAACACACUAGAGAACUGACAUAUUGAAGAAACACUAUAUUCAUAAUCAGUAUGAUGACCCUUUUCAUCGGUAGUAUUUCAGUUAACAUAAGUAAAUUCAUUCAGGAGAGAAUCUGUAUGAAUGUCACCUAUCUAGAAAAGCCCUUAGUAGAUGGUCUGAUGUUAUAUCAUACGAGAGAACUCACAACAUAAACCAAAUGGAAGUGGAGUCCCAAUAGACUGCUCUUAUAUGCAAGCCAGAGAAAUUACAUGUGAAAAAUUCUCUCUGUACUCAAGGUGGGAAUGCCCUAAUUUGUAAUUCUUCCUUUAAAUAAAAUAAGUGAACGCCACUGAAAUGAAAUUAAGUCUGUAAUUAAUGUUCACUGUCAUUCAAUGAGACACAAGCUUUGCUGUGCUAAAAAUAUACUCAAUUUAGAAAUAACCAUAUAUAAAUGAAAUGAGAGGGAAGAGUAUUUGUUAGGAAAUUUCCAGAAAUUUCAUGAUGGAGAAUGUAUUAAAUAUAAAAUCAUGGAAAACUGCUUAUUCAGUAAUUAGGAAGGUUGUUAGCAUAAGUUAUUAUGUCUUUAUGAGAGUUAGUGUUUGAUGAGAUUGGGCAAAUUAUUGGGUAUCUGGUGGCUGAGUUUUUCAGCUCAGUGGUGGAAAUGCUAUGUGUUUGGGCAUAGGUGAAUGUGAAGUCUGAUUUGGUAUUCUUGUAGGGUAAAUGAAUAUGCUUCAAUGGUUGCUUCUACUGGAUGAGUGGUGAACAUUUCUUGGGUCAGUGAUUAUAUGAAAGGUAGGAACAAAAAUGUUUGCAUUGUUUCAAAUCUUAGAAUACUUCAUCUCAGUAUUAUUAAUCAUUGGGUUAGAGGGUUCUGUACACAGUAGUUCACUGCAUCAAGUGGAGUUCCAGAUAGUUCCCAUUUCCCCUCUCUAAUGGCCCAUUAUGAAUUAUUAGUCAGAACCUACUGAAGUAAUCAUUUUAAUAAUCAAAGACAUAAUAGGCAAAGAUUCUCUGCCUGUCUUAACACAGGUAGAUGAUGGGGAGUCCCUGUAAGCUGUGAGGACCAGAGACCCCUGGAAGCUGGGAGUGGCUUAGUGAUGGAGAUGUCAGUGAAUGAAAGCAAUUUUGACGGAAACAGUCUAGAUUUAUUUUAACUCCAAGAGGUGCAAGAAAGGCACUGGAAGCAUUGUGGCCCCGAGUCUUCUGGAAUCUGAUAGUGGUACAUGGCCUUGGAGAUGGCAAUGAUUGAAUGUCUUUCAGAUGUGAAGACCUUGCACAAAGGAGAACAGUAUGCCUAUGGGCCCUAAAUCUGUCUCCCUUAACUGCUGUAACUCAUUAGGCUCCUCCCCCAAGUGCUGUUGAGUUUUACAGUAUUCAAAGGAAGGUUUAGGAUAAGGAAAACAGUCUCAACAUAACCAAGUUAGAAAAAAUCUGAGUAUUGUUCAUGCACAUAGUGAUUUCAUGACUAGUCACAGGAUGUAUGUAAGGAAAUAGUGGCCUUAACAUGAAGAUGAACAUGAUUUUUAAUAUUAUAAUGAGGUACAGGUCACCUAUAGGUUAAGGUUUAAGCUAUGGUGCAUGUCAAUAGGGCAAAUUUUGGUGAGAACUAGCUUUAUCUAAUAAGAUAGCUUAGGAAUUGGGGUGGGUUAGUUCUGGGCUGACUCAAGUUCUUUAAUAAACAGUAACAGUCUGUCUAUGAGAUCACAAGACUUUAAAGUUGUAGAACAAGUUAAAGGGGUUCAAGUGGGGUCAGUCAAAAGUUAAGAGGCUGUAGAGUUACAAAGUAAAUAUAUAGUUACACAAUAAAGCAUUAUCAAAGAUAAUGCUUUUUAUGUGCAUUCUGAUUGAAGAUAGUGUCAAACAUUUGUUAACUCUUUAACUCUCAGGUACAUUAGCAUCAGUGCAUAUUAACUACUUCCCUUAAAGGCUGAUGUAAACUGUUUUUCCUUGGGGAUAGUCCUAAAAUAUAUUAUCAGAAUCGUGAAAUCCAAAUCAGGGAAGCCAGACCUAGUGGCUUCCUACAAAUCAAGGAUUCUUUUCAUGGGGUCUAUCCAUUGUUCGAAGAUAAGAUCCAAAGACUGGAUUCCUGAAAAUUAGGUGUGUGCAUUUUUAUCAGAGGAGAGUAUUCAUCAAUUUCAUCAGAUUUUCAAAGGGGUGCAGCAUACAAAAUAAAUUAAUAACUGCUUAGUAAUCAGAAAAAUGAUCGAACAUUUGCCCCCAGGAUUUAAACUUUUAAACAGAAAGACCAUAGAUUUAAUAGACUUGGAGCAAGAGAGAUUGACAAGGGCAGUCAGUCUCAGGCAGGAUUCAUGGAAAGCAACCCAAAGAAUUCUAGAACUCCCCUGGGUAGUGUAGGAAGACUGAUCCUCAAACACAUAGGAACGAUAGAGACUGAUCUGGAGCUGAGGAUUUUUCCAGAGUCCCCUGUGGUUCUCCCAUUGUCCUUUUUGAGAUUGUUGAAAUGCCAUGGCCUGCUAAAGAGAUUAGCUUCAGUCUUUGAGCCCAGAGCUGCUCUCUUGUGAUUCAGAUUUCCAUGGUACCCAAGCCUUAUCACAGCCCUGGAGUCAAAACAGUAAACUUCAGUCUUCCCUCCCCAUUCUUGAAUGUUUCCCACAGCUAGAGGCCCCGUCUACUUUAGACUGGAAGAUAUCUCAGGGCCUAAAAGGCCCCAGAACUUGCCUAGGACUACUGCUACUGGGUGGUAAUGCUUUUGGAGCAGAGUUUAGUGAACGGAGAGCCUCACACAGAUUUGCAAAAAGAGUGAGUCUCCUUAGAGGACAGCUCAUGGACAGUACAGCAGGUUGUUUACAAGGAAAGAAAGGGCCACAUGCUCAUAAGAGAUUUUGGUUCCUCUGAUGAACCAAGUAAAUAUAAUCUUGUGGGUGUGUAUGUGAGUUGUUUCCUUUGAUCUGCAUCAUUUAAUGUUUAGAGAAUUUUAGAUGUAUUUUAUUUGGAUAAAAUUCAUGUAGCAUGAAAUUCAUAAGCUUGUGCAGCCAUCACCACUAUCAAAUUCCGUAAAUGUUCACCACCCUGUAGAGAAACUCUUUACCCAUGAACACAUUUACUCCAAAUCUCCCCAUCCUCCAGCUCCUGGCAACUACUAUUCAACUUUGUCUUUAUGGAUUUGCCUGUUCAGGAUAUUUCAUAUACAUGGCAUCACACAGGUGGCCAUUAUGUCUGGCUUCUUUCAGUUAAUAUGCUGUUAUAUGUAUCAUAGCAAGUAUGAGAACUUCAUUCCUUUUAAUUACAGAAUGACAUCCCAUUGUGUAGAUACACCACAUUUUAUAUAUCUUCAUCAGUUAAUGGCCUUUUGGGUUGUUUCCACUUUUUGGCUGUUAUGAAUAAUGUCAAAACAUUUGUGCACAAGUUUUAUAUUCAUCCAGCAUUUUAUUUGGAGGGACAUUCAUGUGCAAUAUUUGUGGAAACAUUUUUCCAGAUUUCUUGGGUAUAUCCUUAGAUGUAGAAUUAUUGAGUCAUUCAUUUUAUAUUUUAUGGUUUGAUACUUGCAUCAUUUAAUCCAUAACCUACUCUGUAAUCCUGAGUUCCAAGGCACUGCCAAUUUAUUUCUUUGAAUACAACGUCUGUUCCAUUAUUUGGGGCCUCUCUGCCUGUUUGCAUGUUCCCCUCUACCUCAGGACCCUCUGUGGACAGUGCUUAUGAGGGCUUAAUAUUGCAUGUAUAGAGUAACAUUAUCAACAUGGUGACAUAAGCAGGUACUGAAAAUUUCUCUUCAGAAAUUCAGUGGAAAAUGGGACAAUUCUGAAUUGUUCAAAACUCUGGAGGAGGAUAUAGACUGGAUAAACACCUUGCAAAUGCAGGUAGGAAUUUUUUGUCCCAGACCAGCAGGUUGUUAUCUGCCUCACUCAGACUCCAUGCAGGAAAGGCAUAAAAACAGCAGAUGGGAUCAAUCCCACCAGGGAAACAGAUUUUAAAAUCUCAUAGCACUGAAAAAUACCCUGACUGUUUGAAGGCCCAGUGGACAGGGGAGGACAUUUCAAGACCCUGAUCAGUGAGGGACAAGGAGACUGAGAAAAUGUGACCAGAGUCACGUUUCCAGCCCCUCGGUCUGAAAGCCCAUCCCCCACCCUUGAGGGAAGGAGCAGCUGGCAGCCAUGCUCCAAGGCACAGCAGCUUCUGAGGACAAUUUAAAAGUUACCUAAAUACUCCAUCUGUUGGCCAAUCCAGAAAGUGCAAAGACCCUUUCUUAGGAACACAGGAGCUGGUCUACAUGUCCUGUACAGAAACUUAGCCCUGUUUCUGGCUGACAAAUAGGAAAGACCCAACUGUUAAAGCAGGACCCCAACACAAACCCAGGUCUUGUUAGCCAGUGGAAAAUAGAGCACCACUGAAAGCCAGGAUAUUUGUAUUACCACACACAGUGCACUUCCUGGGGUGCCCAGUGCCUGCUUCCCAUCCCUGUGGCAGGCCAUGUUAAGCACCACAUUUUGGGGAGAAGAGUAGCAGGAAGAGCAUAACUGAAAACUGGCCAGGUAGAGAAAAAAGCAAAGAGAGAUGAAAGCCAACAAACUAGAAAACCUUAGAUAACAGAGAGAAAACAGCUUCCAAAAUAAACCAACCGAGAAGAUCACAUGCAAAGACACCAGCAAAAACUCAUGGGCCACAUCAGGAAACAGGAAGAUAUUGCCCAAAGGAAUUAACUAUCAUUUCAGCUGAGAUUCAGGAAUUGAAACAAUUAAUUAUAGACAUUCAAACAAAUCUUUUAAAUCAAAGCAGCGAGGUGAGAGAGAAUGUGACAAAAGAGAUGACGGCUAUAAAAAAGACACUGGGUAAUCACAAGGAAGAAUUUGUAAGCUUGACAAACAAGUGGCUCAAUAUCGGAAUGAAAGGCACAAGAGAAAAGAUGAAAACCGCUGUUUUAGUUUGCUAAUGCUGCCAGAAUGCAAAACACCAGAGAUGGAUUGGCUUUUAUAAA